AUGCGUGGAUUUAACGUCGUCUUCUUAGCUGUGUUGGCCGCACUGGCUUUUCUCUAUUAUAGCGAAGCAGCGGCCAUCGACGAACCAUCAUCUGCCGCCGCAGAUGAGUCCAAAGCGGCUACCAGUCUCCUAGACGUGGAUGCGGGCGGCGAGCAUAGCAGUGAAGCGCAGCGUUCGGCACGCCAAUACGGCUAUGGUUGGUCAUACGGCUGGGGUCAGCCGUGGAGCUACUACAGCAACAGCUGGGGCCGUCCAUGGGGCGGUUACGGCUGGGGUGCAUGGGGUAACUAUGUCGGUGGCUGGGGGCGCCCAUGGAAUUACUGGGGUUAA